CGUUACCGCCGGAGGCAACGAUUACGCCCGAUUAAUUCUCUCAUCCAGACUCUCUCGGCCGUUUCAUCACCAUUUUCUCAAACAUGGCGGAAAGAGGUGGCUCUUCCUUUUCAAAUUCAAGUUUGUCUGGGUCUUCAAGUCGAAUCGAUAGUGUUCAAGUUGAAGGACUGGUACGUGUCGACAAGAAAAUUGUUUCUAUGGAUUUAUCACAGACUAAUCAUCUUGAUAUGAAGGGGAAAUUCAUAAACUUUUGACACACGUGAUCGGGCAAUUCUGCUUUUCUAUUAAGAAAUAAUUUAAGUCUCAGCGCAUUGUUUUCCUCGUCUUCGUUGAUUGUCAAGACAUUGUCAACAGAUCGCUCUUUUUCUCUCUCUUCUAAAGGGAAUUCUCUUUGAAGACGUAUUUAAGAACAGUCAAAUGUUUGACUGCUGUCAACAAUAAUUGGUAACAAGAAUAUAUUGAUUGGCAAAAGUGAAGAAAAACAGGUGUUCUUGUCAUCUCUACCUGAUGUUUAAUUAACGUUCGGCACCAUUUCUAAGAACUACCAUUGGUAUACUGACUCCUCUAAAGAGAUAUGAAUGACUUCAUUUUCUAUCACUGUUUACUAAUAUACUUAUUUACUUUGUAGUGUGACCAUUGCAUGGAACCUGUCUUUACCAAUGGUUCAAAACUGAACAUUUACAACUGCUUACUGUUAUUUGAGUCUUACUUACGGACAUAAUCACAAAACUGACCAAUCAGCUUUCAUGAAGUGGACAUGUAAUUAUUUUAUUUGAGUGGCCGACAACUGGGCCCUCAACUCUGAAGACUUUCAGUUCAGAACUAACCAAACAUGUAGAGUUUUCAUUGAAAGGUUAAUGUUACCAGGUAAAAACCUAUUGGUAUCAUAUUAAUACACAUGUAGACUUGAAUGUUUCUGAAAUAACUUCCUUAAACUUUGAGAGUUAAAGUAAUAUUUCCUGUCAAAGUAUCUUGCUAUUAACUUGGUAUGAAUUCUUUCAGGUUGUGUUGAAAAUUAUCAAACACUGCCAAGAUGAAAGAUCAGCUGGCGAGGUUGUUCAAGGAGUUUUACUUGGAUUGAUUCAGAAUAACAAACUUGAGAUCACAAACUGCUUCCCUUUCCCCUCUUCGAGAGCUGGUGAUGAUGAUGAUGAGGAUGAUGGUGAGAAUCAGCUGACAAGUUUCUUGUUAAAUGUUGUUGUGAAACUGACUUGAUGAUAACCCUGGAUUGUACUGGUUUUGCUGUUCUUUAGUUGGGAUUUGUCCUGGCACAUCACACCACCUCUCACCCUAUCAAAAGUUUAAAAUGAAAUCAAUCAAGAUGUGGUCUCCUGUACAUUUCUGUGCCUAUGUUUUGGUUUACUUCACUCUGUAAUUUAUUGUGAGAACUUGUGCUAACCUCUGAACCAAUAUACCAGAUACAAAACUGAGACCAGUUGUAAGUUGUUAAUUCAUAUGUUCUAGCACUGAAGGGAAUUUUGUUUUGAAUUUGAGUUUUGAUCAACUUUUAAUAUCUUCCUUUGAUUUUAUUUGCCUUGCUAUUAUUUUCAGUGAUAAAUUUGAUGUUGCACUGUACUUUUUGGCACUCCUUCAAAAUGUGUUUUUCACUGUUAUAGAUACUUUAGUUUAGUACUGGACAUUUACUGACAUAGUGAAUGACACAGGCUUGCUCUGUAGUCAAACCUAGGAUCUAACUCUUUACUUCUUUCUCUCUUGAUAGUAAACUACCAAAUGGAGAUGAUGCGUCGGCUACGGGCUGUAAAUGUGGACCAUUUGCAUGUUGGAUGGUAUCAAUCAACAUACCUUGGCUCAUUUAUCAAUAGAAAUUUACUUGACUCUCAGUUCAGUUAUCAGAGUUCAAUUGAAGAAUCUGUUGUACUUAUCUAUGGUAAGAUCAGACUGAUCUGUUUUUUUUCCCUUAUUAAAAUGUUACAGCCACAACAAUAAAUUUCGUAGUGAGAGUAGUGGUUAGAGAGGAAUUGUUUGUAUCUCUUGAUUAAGAUGUUAACUAAGUAGGAGUUACAGGUUGUAUUAUUUUACAAGAAAUGCUGAUUAACAAUGCUUAACUUUUGUUAUUAAUGCCACUGUGUUCAUCGUUAGAUCCACUUAAGACUUCACAAGGAAUGUUGUCUCUCAAAGUAUUCCGUUUGUCUGACAAAAUGAUGUCAAUGUAUAAAGAUGAAGAAUUUAGUGCUGAAAAGUAAGAGAAUUUUCACUGAAAUUUAAGUGGGGUAUAUAUGGUUGUUAAUUUACUUUUAACCUUUUGACCCCUGAGAGUGAGUAGCUUCUAACAGUCUCAAUAUGAGCAGAAAUUCUGAGAAUCGAUGUUUUGUAAGGUUCAUAGAUAAUUAGGUUACUGUAAAGGGUUUAUUAAGCUGAGGUUUUUAGAGUUAGCCUUUUUUUGUUUUGCUCUGAUGAAGGGCUAACAUUUGUAAGGUCAGCUUUAGAAACUCUCUACAGCGGCUAAUGUACAAUUUAUCAACUCAGUUAUAAAACCAAAGUAUCCCAUAGUACCCCUCCACCAAUGCUGCACCACAGUUUCUUUACAAACUCUUCCCUUUUGUUGUUUGUGAGGUUCAAAGUUUACCUGGAUUAGUAUGAGUUGCCCUGAACUCAGUUGAUGACAGAUGAUGGUCUUAAAACAACUCGAACUUCUUAAUGCCCAAAUAUUGCCUAGGGGACCAGAAUUAUAGGAUUGAUUUUUCCAGGUGGAUUCAAGUCACACUGAUUCCAAUUUCUUUUUAGGCUUGCAAAGAGUGGUCUUAGUUUUGAAGCCAUGUUUGAAGAGAUUCCUCUUGUGAUAAGGAAUUCUUCCCUCAUCAAUUCUCUGUUGUGUGAAGUCGAGGUAUUAUCACCUCACACGCAAACAGACAAUUUUCUGAGCCUCUCUACAGGGUAUGGUAGUUUUGAAUUUAUUUUUAGUUGAUAUUAAUUGGUCUAAAAACAAAAAUGAAAACAAAAUGUAACCAUGAAUAGUGGCAGCCCCACCAGGUUACCUAAUUAAUUUUUUUUACUUUUUCUUUAUGUUGAUGAAAGGGGUGGAUAAGUAAAACAAUAUCUUUAUGCACCCCCACCCACCCCUCCCCAUCUUUCUCCUUAAUCUGGCCCUUUUCCAGCUUUCCUUAUCAGGUUUCUGGUUUACAUUAAUUUUCUAGUUUCAUGUUGCUGGGUGAAGUAGUCUUCACCAAUGGCACUCUUUCAAUAGAUUACAAGAAAUACUUCCUUCAGGGUAUGCCAAUGGUGUGUUCCAUUUUUUCUUGAAAUAGUUCCUAUUUAGAAAAGAAUGUUCGGCUGCUCAUGGCAACUGUAGACGAACUUUGUCAAGAUGCCAAUAAAUUCAACAAUCAUCUGCGAAAUGUAGCAAGGCAACAACAACAGAAAGAAGCUUACAUUCAGAGAAGGGUAAUUUGCUUAUGUUGUGUUGUAAACAGAUGAGAGUAAAACAUUUCCCUCUUCCAGAGGCCCUCUGGUUUUUUUGAGGCAGUUGUUUGGUCAUAUGUUACUGAAGUGUCCUACUUAAACACACUACAACCAGGGAUGCAAGGGGCCUGAGCCCUGUAAAAGCUGCAGCUCUUUUCUUAGGCUCAAUAUUCUGAAACAGCUUAAAGUGCGUAAUAAAUUGCAACAGUGAACAAUUCAAGUGAAUCAGUGUCAAAAAAAGGGUUUCCUUUUAUGUCAAGAUGUGCAUGAUGACAACUUUCUUUGUCCUUUUCAGCAAGGGGAAAAUGUUCAGAGGAAUUCUCGGGGAGACCCUCCCUUACCAGAGGAAGAUUUGUCAAAGAUAUUUAAACCACUGCAGUCACCAUCUCGACUUGAUUACCUUCUGUUAUCUCAACAAGUUAACACAUACAGUAAACAAGUGAAUCAGUUUGCCACUCACAGCUUUGGUAAGCUGUUUCUUGCACAAGCUCUGCAGGAUAAUGAAAAAUAGAUCUUGUAUGGACUGAACUGGAAAAUAAAAACCUACUUGUACCUCCAUUACCUAUAAUUUUUGUCUGUCAAGGGAUAAACUUACAAGUAAAAAAGUAAUUAAGUCAUAAUCUUCAGUUAAUGAGGGUAAACACAUAGUUACAGACUUGGAAACUUAUGGCCUUUAAAAUAAUUUAAGGCUAUGAUUAUGAUAUAAUACAGAUUAAUGGUACUAAAUAUGAUCGGUUCCUAUAUAGGACAAAUGUCUUCUUUAAUUUGAUGAAAUAAUAUUUAAAAACUACAUGUAUGCUGAAGUUUGAUC